UUUCAGAAAGAAGCCCGAUGAGGUAGGCGUCCGUGAAACUCUACAAACUUAAGAUGGGCUAUUGUUUCUGUAACAACAUUUAUGAUUCAGAAGAAAUCCGAGGAAGAAGGGAAUGAUGUUAGCAGCACAGCGAGCAAUCAGGUUGAUCCAUACAAGCUUGGAUCCCCCACGCCUCACUAGAUUCACACUGCAAGCACCGAAAUGUGUAGAGGUGGAAUUUGCCAAUGGUAGCAAGUUUAAUCUAUCAUCUGAAUUUUUAAGAAUACAUAGUCCAGCUGUUGAUGGGAAAACUAGGUCAAUUGGGGGUGAGAAGGUGAUUUUUGGGCGGCGUCAUGUGGGUAUCAUGUCUGCAGAACCUGUAGGGAAUUAUGGGGUAAGGAUAAUAUUUGAUGAUUUGCAUAAAACUGGGAUCUAUACGUGGGAUUAUUUCUAUCACCUUGGUAGCAAUAAGUUCACCAUGAUGAGAAAUUAUAUCAAAACACUGAGGAAGCAUGGACUUAGCCGGGAUCCACCAAAAAGAAAAUGAUGGACAGCUUGUUUUGAUCGUCUUAGUUGGUUAUUCAUGUUGGAUAAUGAACAAAAAGCUGCACAUACUUGAUAAAAGAUUUCCUUCAUGCUCUGAUGCUGAGAAGUUCAAAUGUUAUGUAAUAUUUGAAGCAGGCCAAAAAAAUCAAAACAUGCUUAUGCAUGAAGUCCUAGAAAUACAAUUGUUUUACUCAGUUUUUACCUA